CUUUUUCCCGAUCAUCAAAAACAAAUUCUUAAUUCUCUCUCUCUCUCAUCACUCCAUAGAAACAAGGUUAUUGGCAGAGUAAUAAUCUGAUGUUGGGGAGUAGCAGAACAAAUGAAAAGGGGAAGGGACCUGCUUAUGCGAAUAUAAAAAUCGAAGAAGUUGAUGAUUUUCCGAACAGCAUUGAUACGAAUGUACAGGCGGCUAGUGGUAUGAAUUUUGGUGAUGGAAAUUUUGACGGAGACGAUUUUGAUUUUCUAAAAAUUACUGACGAUAUGUUGCUCUCAAUUCCCGAUUGGGAGGAUAUUCAUCAGUCUGUUCCCCAAGGGAUACCCGAAAGUAUUGGAAUAACAAACCCUAAUAGCUUUGAGAAUCCCAAAAUUAACCCGAGUCCAAAUACCGCAAAUAUGGAUAUCCAAGGAGUUUCAUUAUUACCUGAAUGGAAUAUGGGGUGGGGUCAACAAUGUAUAGACCAAGGGCAGAGACCAACGUCUGCUGGUUAUAUUAGCACAUUUGGUGAAGAAUCAAGUUUUGGAAAUUCUAAUAGAGCACAAGUAGUUAGAGAUUUUAGUAGUUCAUCUUUUAGAUUUCAGCCUACAGAGAUUGCUGCACAUACUCGAACCAAUGUCAAUUUUGAUAGCAGUCAAUGUGGGGUUCAAGGGAAGGUUGGGGGUACUUUUUUGAGCCUGGGAAUUGGUGGGGAUGUAGAAGCGAUUUCUAGAGCUCAAUCGGAUAACAAAAAGAUAUCCAACAAACUAAAAGAAGCAGCUUCAGCUGAGUUAAAGUAUGCUCGUGCUCGUCAUCUUGCAACUCAAACUUUAGAUGCUGAUUUUAUGGGUUUUCAAAGAAACAUUAGUGGCAUUUCUAAUCAGUUUAGCAAUGUGGAUCAAAUGAAGUUAACAACCAAUGAGACUGGAGUUCAUAGUACUCUAAGUAGUGGGAUGGGUUCAAAUGAGUUAAAGAUAGCUCUUGCUCGUCAAGUUACUGGUCAACCUUUAGACGCUGAUUCUAUGGGUUUUCAGAGAAACCAUAAUGGCUCCUCUAAUCAAUUUAUUCAUGUGGAUGGAAUGAGAUCAAGUGAAAAUGGUGUUGGAGUACAUAGUACUCUAAAUAGGGGGAUGGGUUCUAGCCCUCAUCAUAUUUUACAAAUGCAACAAAAUGCUAUGCAGCAUGGCAGGAAUAUAAGUUCUGUUAAUUUGAAUGAUUAUAGAGCGUUUUUAGGUAAUCAAGCUGUGCAUUCAGGAACUCCUGAGGGGAAUUUGACUCGGUCCUAUAAUUCCCGUCAACACAACUUGAAUCGUUUUUCUAAGCCAGAAUUUGUCAAGCCUUCAUGGUUGGCCUCUUGUAUGCUUUCCGAGCAGCCACAAAAUAUUCGUUCAAGAACCACCAACAGCCUAUCAUCAGAAAGUUCCAUGAAUUCUACUCAGCUGAAUAAUGCAGGACAAUUUAUAUCACAAAAUGCCAUGCCUACCCCUCUGUUAUCCCAGAGGACAGCUGCCCCCCAAGUAUCUUGGGUCGGUAGUGGUCCAGCCUCCAUUGAUGAACCUUUUCCCAAAAGGCUGGGAGUUGAGUUUAGUGGGAGAAUUAGCCCUCAAGCUGCUCGGAGACAUUUUUCUCCCGUGGGAACAAGCUUGCAGGCAACUAGUACAGGACAACAUAUCUCACAACACGUCACUCAGAGGAUACCAGCUCCUUGGCUCGGCGGUGGGUUAAACUCCAGUGGCGAACAAUUACCCCAAAGUCUGGGGUUUGAGUUCAGUGGGAAAAAUAGCUUUCAAGCUGCUCAGAGACAUUUAUCUUCUGUGGGCACAAGCUUGCAGGCAACUAGUACAGGUCAGAUAUGUGAAUAUCCAGACAAAGGAUCCAUUUGCCUGCCGGAACAUGUUGUUCGACCUUCUACCGGUCGAGUUGAUGGAGCACCCAUUAAUUUCUCGUUGAAUUAUCAACAGCCAUUUAUUGCUCAUGGUCAAUCUCAAGUUGCAAUGACUCAGCUUCCUAUGGAUCCUCGAGGAGCAGCUCUAGCCAAUGCUUCAACUGUUAGGCCACAUCUGAAGAGAACUGCAGCUGUACCCCAUCAAGCUUCCGAUUGGGUUCAGCGUCAGAGAAUACGACAUCCAACCAUUCAUCAUUCUGUGCCAAAGCAAUCCAUGACUGUGCGACCCAUUCAUCAAUCUAUGCUCAAUCCAUCCUCCACAGUUCGUACUAAUCCGGUAACAACUGCUCAUGUUCAUCGUUUUAUGCCAGGUGCAUCACAGACACAACCUGCUGGUUCUGUAGCAGGUCGUGUUGCUCCUCGUAUGCAUCCUUCUAUACCACCACAUUUUAGACCUCGUGUUCCUGUAGCAACUGCUCCUGCUGUUUCUCAUGUUAAAUGGACAGAUCCUGAUGCAACUCCUAAAAUGACUGGAUACAAGUGUCUUCUAUGCAAGAGGGACCUUGCUUUAACGUCAGAAGGUGCCGUAUUUCAACCUGCUGCACCACCACCAGUUGCGGUUCUUCCUUGUGGACAUACAUUUCACGAUCAAUGUUUGGAAAAUAUCACUCCUAAAGAUCAGGCGAAAGAUCCUCCAUGCAUUCCUUGCGCAAUCGGCGAAAAUUAGGUCAUACCUUCAACCCUAAUUUUUAUGGGUUCUUAAGGAUAUUUACAUAUGGAAAAUAACUAAAUAGAUGGAAGGGGGUAGGGGAUAGGUACAUGUAUGCACAUGAAAGGAGUUGAAAAGAAUUUAAUAUAUUAAUUGGAUGGGGUUUGAUAUUUGUAGGCUAUUAGCGAGAUGGCUGACAAAAGUUCACAUGAUCAUAUCCCUUCAUUUUUCUACUAAUGCCAUAAAUCAUAUUUUUGAAAAA